GAGAACAUUGAAAAAGAGAGAGAUAGAAAUAGUCGAGGCAGAUUGAAAUAAAGAGAGAAAAUGAGAAAGGUAGAAAUAGAAAGAGAGAGAAAUAGAUAGAGAGAAGAAAUAGACAGAUAAAGAUAGAAAUGGGAGAGAGACGAGCCCGCAGCAUUUAAAAAUAGAGAGAGAAACGUCGAGAAGGCUGCCGAGUGCUUUCCUCUUCACGCUGGUAAAGAGCAGUAGGUUUAGCCCAGCGCGCUUCCUGAUCGAGUUAGUGCGGCCGUGUAGAGGGAGGAGCUUUGCAGGCUGUGAGCAGCACACGAUCGCAGGCUCGGCCGCACCUCAGGAAGCCCUGCUUAGCCAUCAUGCUCCACUAACAAGCGGGGGAGAGGGAGAGAGGAGGAGGACAAGGAGGCACUCUGCAAUCUUUUAAAAAUACAAAAACACUUGGUUUCAUAAAGAAGGGACAGAAUUAUUAUUUUUUUAAAGAGAAUAACCCUGAAGAUGAAUGCUACAAUGCCUUGAGUGUGUUGCUUGCUGUAUUCGAAUUCAUCGAAGGGAGAGGGAGACGGGAAUAUGAGGUUGGUACUGAAAAGUGCCUUUCCUGGAAACUCUUCUGCUUGGAACAGCUUCUAGGGCAGUCUCUGCUUUUUUGCCUUGCUUGCUACCAGCUAGACUGCGUCAACUGCACAUCCAAACCCCCUCCAGCUUUAGUACAAUUACCCGCCCCUUCCCCACCCCUGUCCUCCCCUUCACCCCCACCCCUUUCCCCUUCAUUCCCUCCUUAAAAGAGAGAGGGACAUAGAGGGAGAGAGGGAGAGAGAAGUAGAGUGAAGGCCAGCCACUUCACAAUAUUUCAGGCUGGCAUUUCACCUCUUGCUGUGUUACUGUAACGAACAAAGAAUUAUAACUUUACAAACUAAAAAACCCAACUCUGCUGGAAAGACCUACUUGAAACAAAUCGAGGGAACGACCAACACUUGAAGGAGAAAAGACGAUUGGUUGAAAUCACUGCAGUUGGAGUGGCAGAUUCACCGAUAUUGAUCGCACUCACCACUUGUUAACUCAGCUGGUUCGAUAUUGUGUCUUUGGAUUGCUGCACUGGGCAACUCACACACAGCAGAAAGCUUGUCCCGACUCACCGAAUUCAAAACGGAAUGUAUUACUGAGAGUUCCACACGGUCCUUGUUUCCGACCCGCAUCAACUUGCCGUUUUCCGGCCGGAAUAAAAAAGGAAAAGAGAACAUUUUGUCUUAAAUUGAAUUUACUCACUUCAAGAGCAUCUGGCCUCUCCAAUGCAAGGAGAUUUCUCUGAGGGGAAACUUAAACGUGGUGAUCUUUACAGCGGAAAAGCCUUCGAAACGCAAAGCGUGGUCUUUUAUUCUCCCGCCAAACCACCGCAGAGUUUUCUUUGACCGACCCUCAUUGCACCGCAGUCUGCCUGAUAGAUUUUACUCCUGGGAUAUAUCUCGACCGUCUGUUCAUUCACAAACAUGGCUGUCAGCGUGGCCCAGAUCCGCGACACAAAAUGGCUGACGCUGGAAGUGUGCCGGGAAUUCCAAAGAGGCACCUGCUCGCGUCCAGACACGGAAUGUAAAUUUGCCCACCCUUCCAAAAGCUGUCAGGUAGAAAACGGACGCGUCAUCGCCUGCUUUGACUCGCUGAAAGGCCGCUGCUCCAGAGAGAACUGCAAGUAUCUUCACCCUCCACCCCACUUAAAAACUCAGCUGGAGAUAAAUGGGAGGAAUAACCUGAUACAGCAGAAAAACAUGGCCAUGCUGGCUCAGCAGAUGCAGCUAGCUAACGCCAUGAUACCUGGAGCCCCUCUACAGCCCAUGGUUCAGCUGAGUCAGAUUGUUGCUGACAGAACAUUUUGGGUUGAUAGCAGUCGUGGUUGUGAAAGGAUGGCGGAUGCUGGACAGCGAGGGUGGUGGUUUAACGAGCCGAUGUUCUCCAUGACAACGGGCCUCGCGGGUAACCCUGCCACGGCCUUCAACCCGUACCUGGGACCCGUCUCCCCGAACUUGGUACCAGCUGAGAUACUCCCCAAUGCGCCCAUGAUGGUCACGGGAAACCACGCCGUUCCCGUACACACCGCCGCUGCCGCGCAGAAGCUGAUGAGGACGGACCGGCUAGAGGUCUGCAGGGAGUUCCAGCGCGGCAACUGCACCAGGGGCGAGAACGACUGCCGCUUCGCCCACCCGGCGGACAUUGCCAUGGUGGACACCAACGAUAACACGGUCACUGUCUGCAUGGACUACAUCAAGGGCCGGUGCUCCCGGGAGAAGUGCAAGUACUUCCACCCACCUGCCCACCUCCAGGCCAAGAUAAAGGCGGCUCAGCACCAAGUCAACCAAGCAGCGGCCGCCCAAGCCGCGGCCACCGCCGCUGCCAUGACUCAGUCGGCUGUCAAAUCACUGAAGCGACCCCUCAAGGCAACCUUUGACCUGGGUCUUCCUCCAGGUGUUCUCCCCCCUCUACCAAAGAGACCUACACUCGAAAAAGCCAAUGGUGCCACGACAGUCUUUAAUACUGGUGUUUUUCAAUAUCAACAAGCCCUUGCAAACAUGCAACUGCACCAACAAACUGCCUUUCUUCCUCCAGGCUCAAUAUUGUGCAUGACACCUGCUGCAAGUGUUGUACCCAUGAUGCACGGUGCUAAUCCUGCGGCCGUUUCUGCGGCAACAACAUCCGCCACAAGUGUCCCCUUCGCAGCCACGGCAACCGCCAAUCAGUUCCUCUUUCCUUCUGCAAAGAUGCCCAUAAUAUCUAUGGAUCAUCUGGCUAGUCACAAGUAUGUUACUCAGAUGUAGACCAUUUCUUGGUUGAACAAUCAGCGUGAAGAGACAGUGUGCAGGGAAGCCAUUACACAGCAAGGGUCAACGGCUAUUCUGUAUAUACCAUCGUCCACCCAACAGUCCACCCAUAGUCCUCCCUCCUUUCCAACCGCAAACCUUUCCACCUUCGGCAUGCUAACAAAAUGGAAAUAUGGUCAUCCAGAACGAGACAAACAGAGAAGAGAGUUGCACACUGAGGCUUGUGUGGCCUUGUCUGUUCCACUGAGAACACAAGCUAAAGGGAACCUCAGCUAUUGUUCAGCAUACAACGUCAUUUGCCUUUCCUCAACGCCGUGUCUCGCGCCGGCUCGGGAAGACAUGUGCAUUGAUGAUGCCCAUUCCAUUUCGAACACCUCUCUGCUCCCUCCUCCUCCCUCUCGACCCAUUACCCACACCCUUACCACCCCACCCCCAACCUCAGUGGAAAGGUAAACUCUGAUGUACACUUUAGUAUACAGUAUAUACUGGUACGCCUGCAAAGCAUACAGAUCAUUUUGGUGUUAGGUUUAAAUGGUUUUCCUACAAGUUUACAAAAGUGGAAAAAAAAAGUGAAAAAAACCCAAAAAUAGUGCACCUUGUAUUUAAAAGAAAUACUAUUUUCCCAUUUUCACUAAAAAUCAAUUGUGCAUGUACAAUGAUCUGUGUUAUGGUUAUAUUCUCAAGAGACUGAAGAGUGUUUGUUGAUCAUAUGCACCGGAUUUGAACAGGAACCAUGGAAUUCUUACUGGAUUCUAAGAAAGAUUUGAAGAGGCAAUGGACAGAUGAAUGUUCUGGGCAACACAUAAGUACAAACCAAGUCUGUUCUUUCUUUGAAGCACAUUGUAGCUUUAAAUACUGUGUCGUAAAUAUGUUGGAGGUACAUGUUAAGUGCCAUUCGAAUCUGUACAUCUAACCCUAAAGUAUUAUUCCUGCAGUGUUAAAGCAUUUAUCCGAUUCAGUGUAUUUCAAACUUGCUAAAGUGAGUCGUGUUACUUUACAUCCAGAUCCCUCUCAGAAAUGGCAUCUUCACUCCAGAGUGAAUAUCAUGACACAUUGAAAAUAAUAACUUUAUUUUUGUUUCGUAAAAACAAUCCAUUGUAAACCAUUGAUGCACAUUCAUAAUAUUCAUCAGAGAUAUUAAUCAUGAGAAAAAUAAGGAAAAAAAAAAAAGACAAGAUGAUCAUGAUCAAUAACCAGUAUUGCCAUUCCUCAUUGAUGCCAUACUUGUCCAUGCAAUCAACUCUACAAAGUGAAAGCAUUUAUCUUGCAAUUCAUUGCCAAAUAAGGUGCCAUGCCUCAGAGACUUGGAAAGGUGACCCAUGUUUCUGUGCAGUUUUAAUUUGCCCCAAAUUCUUUUGUGUCCCAAAGCAAAACCAGAAGUCAAGUAAGACUAUAAAACUAUCUCUAAAUGGAGAUUAAAAAAAAAAGAAUUGCUCUAUGCUGAAUGUCACUGCAGUCACACACUUUACAGUCAAGACAAAUUAUGGAACGUGACUCUAAACUAGAUUACCUUAAGGUCGAACGAAGCACUGUCAUAAAAUGCAUGAUAAACCAAAAUAUUAAUGUUUGUUAAAAGUAGUACCAGGGUGGGAUAUGUAUCUGGGUGAAUUUUAUAUGUGACUUUUUUUCAAAGUAAUUGCAUUUAGCCUUAGAAAGCCUUGGAAAAAAAAAACAACAAAAAAAACUAUUAGUUGUGUAUUUUUAAUGGUCCAUCCAAAGGAAUUCUUUUUAUUACUUUGUUUUCCCGAUAGGAAUCUUUUUUUUUUUUCUCUUCAGCGGCUUGUUCAAGUGGUUUUAGUAGAGCUCUGUACAGCAAAAAGAUGGAUCAGUUAUUGUUGUGGGCCCAGAGUACUUGAAGUAUCCUCAUCGAGAUGGAAGAGGCACAAGUUUAUUUUCUGAAUUGUUCAUUCUCUCCAUCCGAGCUCACUGAAAAAGUUUUAUUUUUUAAGAUAGAAAUUGAAAGGUGUACUUGGUAGUUUUAAAAAGGGGUUGUUGCAUUGAUUUUAUUGAUUGUAUUGUACAUCUAUCAAAGCCUUAGAUUAUAUAUUACGGGUUCAAACCCAUUUUAAGUGUUACUUCAAACCCUGUUAAGGAGCACAUAGAUUUCACUUGUUGCUCUAGUAUUUACAUACUAGGACUUUACUUAUUUUAAUUCUUUUAAGUCUGUAGUCUCUUACAUAUAAUAUUAGAUUUGUUUUAAUUUUUUUAACAUGUUUAAAUGUCUGAUAUUAUUUCCAUAUUUUAGUUAGUAGAUUAUCUCUUAAUUCAUUUAUUGGAAGUCACAGAUAAAAAGAUUUCCAAAAGAUUUUCUUUUUGACAACGUGAUGUGUUUCUCCCCACCCCCUCUCUCACUCUCUCCACCCCUUUUCAAAAUCGUGUAGUCGUUUGAUUAUCUGUCAUAGUACAAUAACAUAAAGAAUGGACUAUAGUUUACUGAUUCAUGAAUCUCAAGCAUCAAUCAUCGUUACUUUUACCAUUCAGAGAACAAAGAUCUUUUAUAUGGAUAUCUAACAAUGAUCAUUUCAUUGUGAAGUAUGAGGUUAUGUUGUUGCUAUAGCAACAAUCCUGGCAGACAGUUGCAUAGAAGAUUACCUUUGUUUAUAAUUGUAGUAAUUAUGAAAAUCUCUAGUUCAUAGAAUAUUAGAACUGAAAAUUAUUUUCUACUGUAAUCAUUUGAGAAUAGUAAAAUAUUGUUUGUUGGGUAUAUUUUAAUCUCCCUCAUCUAAAUAUCAGACCUUCAUUAAAUAGGAGAUGCAUAAUCAAUAGAUCAAGAGAUUUUUUAUGUCAUGAAUUCAAAUAUUAAUCAAAGCUUACUUAUAAGAAGAGAGAAUUAAUCUGAAUUAUACAUGCAGACACUUGAGGGUUUGAUUAUGCUGCAGUUUUGGAAAUAAGCAAGUUAAUCGGUCCUACGGGAAAAGUUGACUUUUUGCACUUCUGUAUAUAGUCAAGAAGAAGGAUACCUGUAAAAUAGUAAGAUCUUAUUUUGAAUAAAAAAAAUGUCUAUAAUAACAAGGAAUUUUGUUAAGGUCAUUAAAACGACAGGCUGAAUAAAAAUAAAAAAUGCUAAAAAAAAAAAAGCUUGCAAAAAUUAAAAAAAUGUUAAUGGGCACAGAAUUAAGCACUUGGUAACUAACCUGUCCCAUCAGCCGCCCGCUCCCCUCAGAUAAAACAGGCAAAAUAUUGCUUUGCUUUAAUGUGAGCAGCUUGUAGUUUGCCAGGAUUUUUUUCAGCUAGAACGAUAAACAUCCUUCUGAGAUUAUUGGGGAGGCAACAGCGUGGAGCCCGCUUUUAAUCCCACCUUCAGUCAUUCACAAAAUAGGCAGGAUUGGGCCCCGUGUUUAUUUUUAUUAUUUGCCCCAAAUGCCCACAAUAACUUACUGCCCCAUCCCCCCCCCCCACCCCCACCCCGCACCAACUACUCCCCUCCCUCCCAUCUCAUGCCACCCACCAGUCAAUUUUGCUCUUUGGAUAAAGUCAAUGGGAGUAAUGUUAGGAGUUGAGAGCUGUCCAGUGGGAAGGUAGGUGUAGAACAAUUCUUACUUGAUC